UAAUAUAGCAUUUGGUAAAAUUUUGUAAUAUUCUAUAAAUGCUUGAGUAUUCUGCAUAUAUCAGGGACAGGGAUCUAUAUAAUUCAAUUAGAUUAAUCAUGUUUUUAAACCUUCAUAUGCUGUCUAACAUUUUGUCAGUUUGCCCUAUUAUUCACUGAAAGAAGUGUAUUUCAUUCUCCCACUAUUGCCACAAAUAUACAGAAUUUCUCUAUUUUCAUGCUCGCUUUGGCAGCACAUAUACUAAAAUUGGAACAGAAUUUCUCUAUUUCCUUCUGUAGUUCUGCAAGUUUUGUUUUUCUUCAUAUGUUUUUGGACAUUUUGAAAGUCCUAUGGGCUAGUAGAAGCAACAGUUUAUUGGCAUAUAAUACUUAGCACCUUCGUUUUCCUUUCACCAAAACUUUAUUUAAAGUCCUUUACAGUUCUCUCUUGAAGCGGCUUACUGACAUCAGAAGAGAGCCCAUGGUGAAAUUUUAAAUGGAGUCCGUAAUAAUAAGGGAAAUUGGUGGGAGAUGGAGUGAGAUUAGGACCAAUGGAUUUAGAGCCUUUUUCAUAUCUGCUUAGGUGCCACUGUGAUCAUGAUUUGACCAAAUGAUUAGAGGUGACAGAUAAUUUUCAAAAUUUGUACAUUCUUUUAAGUAGGCAACGUGGUGGCUUUGUAUUGUGUCAGCUUGGCUAGAUUGAGCUACGUCCUCUAGAAUUCCUUUUUCUGUAUGUUUGCAACUACAAUAGGUUAUAAGAGAAAUUCUUUUGCAAUAUUUUGAGGUCAAAGUGAAACAGCAGCCAUAUUUGCCACUCGCACACAUUGUCAUUUCUUUGCUGGCUUAUCUCAUUGGUAUGAGGCAGGGGCCAGGACUGCAACUGCCACUUGGGAUCCUUCUUUGGCUUCUCUGACUUGUGGGCCAGCUGUGUGUUCAGCUUUGUGGUGAAGGCCUUGGUUUCUCAAUACAUCCACACCAUUGAGGUUAGCGGCAAAGAACAUUGACACUCAUUUUCGUCUGACCUUGGGAACUUUAGCUCUUGCUUGUGGGCUCCAGUUUAUUUUUGUUUUACUCCAUUUUACACCCAUCUUUUCUUCCUGGCUGUGUGUCCCGUGGACUUCAAGCUACAGCAUCAGAUGCAAAGACAACAGACUUCCAGAGAUUGCGAUUCACCUUUCAUGAUUAUGUAAGGUCAAAUCACUAACAAAUCCCUUAGUAUUUUAUCUCCUAGUUGUUCUGCUUCUCUAAUGGAACCUUGACUGAUAUGGCCUAUAAUCCCAAUUUCUUAUUUUUUCCUGUUCUUUCAGGCAAAUUUGGAGCCCAAAGUGACUGAAACCAUGGGGGGAGGAAAUAAUUCGGUGGUGUCUGAGAUUGUGUUGGUGGGACUCACCAAUUCUUUGAAGAUGCAGCUUGUCUUAUUUCUAGUUUUCUCUGUGUUCUAUGUCACAGGUAUUUUAGGAAACCUCCUCAUUGUGCUCACAGUGAUCUCUGACUCCCAUUUACACUCCCCUAUGUACUUCCUGCUGGCCAACCUCUCUUUUAUUGACAUGUGGGUUUCCUCCAUUGCAGCUCCCAAGAUGAUUUCUGAUCUUUUCAAGGAGAGAAAAGUAAUUUCUUUCCAAGGCUGCAUUGCUCAGAUGUUCUUCAUUCAUGUUAUUGGAGGAACUGAGAUGGUUCUGCUCAUUGCCAUGGCCCUUGACCGUUAUGUUGCUAUAUGCAGGCCUCUUCACUACCUGACCAUCAUGAACUUCAGAACUUGUAUUUUACUCUUGGUGGUGGCCUGGACCAUUGGGAUCAUCCACUCACUGAUCCAACUUGUGUUUGUUGUAAACCUGCCACUCUGUGGCCCCAACGAACUGGACAGCUUUUACUGUGAUCUUCCUCGAUUUAUUAGGCUUGUCUGCACAGACACUUACAGAUUGGAGCUCAUGGUCACUGCCAAUAGUGGUUUCAUCUCUCUGGGGACUUUUUUCAUUUUGGUUAUUUCCUAUAUCUUCACCUUGGUCAUUGUUUGGCAACGUUCUUCAGGUGGCUUGUCCAAGGCCCUCUCUACUCUGUCAGCUCACAUCACAGUGGUAGUCUUGUUUUUUGGUCCAUGUAUUUUUGUGUACUCAUGGCCAUUUCCCACAGUGCCAGUGGAUAAGUUCCUUGCCAUUUUUGACGUAAUUAUUACCCCAUUUCUGAACCCUGCCAUCUAUACUUUUAGGAAUAAAGAGGUGAAAGUGGCAAUGAGGAGAAUAUUCAGUCAGGUGUCAAGUUUCAGGAAGAUGUUUUAAGUAAUUUUGAUAUCAAGAAAGACAAGCAUCUCUAACAUUCCCUGACUGUACUACAGACAUGAAUCUGAUGAAACACGGCACCAUGGAUAUUCUACUUACUAGUUUAAUUAACUCCAGAAUUUCUUAAUGUAUUUUCUGCUCACAACCAAGGAGGAUAUGAUGUGCUUUCUUAUGCAAUGUGAUGGAAUAAAAGUAUUAAUAUAUGACUAUUUCCAAAUUUUCUUGUCCCUCCUUUAUAAAAGAGAUUCUUUACUGGCCUCUUAUAUCUCUUUUCCAGCUUUGUGUGCUGAGCAGAAUCUUCCCUUAUCAUAUUGAGUUUUGGGGUUUGUAAUGCAGAAUCUGAAGAAAAGUGCUUUGGAAAUUUGACAAAAUUGAAAUUAUUAGGGAUAGCGUUUUUCUUUUUUUUCUUUUGAGGUCCUAUAGUGAGAUGUGUGGGAGUAGCUGUAGUGUGUGAAACAAAUAGAUAAAAGACAAAAAGAGGAUUUUAAAGAGAUACUGUUGUCUAUCUCUUACCUUUUUUUAAUUUAAUUUUUUUUACUUUUUAAAAUACCUCCUUUUUCAGAGAAAGAAGACCAUUUCAGUUUUUAAAAAUGUUUGUUUAUUUAUUUUUGAGAGAGAGAGAGAGAGAGAGAGAGAGAGAACAUGAGCAGGGGAGGGAGAGAGAGACCCACACAGAAUCCAAAGUAGGCUCCAGGCUCUGAGCUCUCAGUGGGGCUUGAACCCAUGAACUGUGAGAUCAUGACCCAAGCCGAAGUCAAACACCUAAGCAACUGAGCCACCCAGGUGCCCCUCUUAUCUUUUUUUUUUUUUUUAAAUGUUUAUGUAUUUAUUUUGAGAAAGAGAGAGAGAGCACGUACGAAUGGGGGAGGGGGAGAGAAAGGGAGAGAGCACUAUCAGUGCGGAGCCAAUGUGGGACUUGAACUCGAGAUCAUGACCUGAGCUGAAAAUCGAGAGUCUGAUGCUUAACCCACUGAGCCACCCAGGUGCCCCUAUCUCUUACCUUUCAAAAUAUACUGCCCUUCAUUAAAUGAAAACAGAGCUAAAGUUAUUUUGAAUUAUUUUUGUGUUUUUUAGAAAUCUUAUCAGCCUGAAAUUGGAUCACUGGAUUAUGGCUUCUUAGGCUUUUCAACUAGUGCACAUGGCAACUAUGAACUAAGCCUUAUAAUUACUUCAGUUCUUUCAAAAACUGUGUUCCUGUAUGUUAGGAGAUUUAAAUGAUGGGGGCCAGAUAAUGGACAAAGACAAUGACCUAUUUAAUAAUUCUGUCCUGAGUAGCGCUAAUUCUUGCCCUAAUUAUACUGAAAUCAUCAGUGAUUCCUCAGAGUUAGGUAAACUCUUUUCUUUUUCAGUGACAUGGUUACAAGCACACACUCUUGAGCCAGACUGCCUGACUUCAAAACUUAGCUUUGCUUUUUACUAAUAUACAAAUUGCUUUAGCUCUUUAUGUCUAAAUUCUGUCAUCUGUAAAAUAGAGGUUAAGUUGAACAUUCUGAGAUUUCUGAUAUUUUUUUUGACCUACCAAAAUGGCAGUUCCUUAUGGCUAAAGGUAUCUUCCUCAUAAGUUAUAAAGAUUGAACAAAUUAAUAUUUGUAAAGUGCUUUAAACAAUUCUUGGUCUAUAAUGUUAUAUAUGUGCCUAUUCAAUAAAAGGAAUUAAAACAUUAAAACCACUUCUCAGUUUUGAUGACCUUCUUUCAUGCUGUCCAGAAAUUAUUUCCUUUCCUCCAUUCAUCAGACUUUGGUCAAGAAGGUACUCUUUUCCUGGGCUGUCUGGCUGGCUCAGUCGUGGAGCAUGCAACUGUUGGUCUUGGGGUUGUAAGCUCGAGCCCCAUUCUAGGUGUAGAGAUUACUUAAAAAAAAAAAGAAUGUACUCUUUUCCUAACAAGACUCUUUUAAAUGAUAAAAUUCCUUGAUACUUCAACAUGCCACAAUUCAAUUUACUUUCUACACUUCCUUUUAGAUUCAAAUUGCCUUCUUAAGAGCUAUGCAAUAGUUCUAUGAAGCUUGUUUUGGUUAUCUGUGGUGCUUUUUUAAUGUGCCAGAAGAAGUUACCAAGCUGACUAGGUUAUGAAAAAAUUACAUGAAUAGAAAUGUAAUUAAUCAAAAAAGGUAUUGAAUACUAAGUCCCAUGCUAGGAACUGUAGAAAAUUGUGUUAGGACUAUGCAACUUAAUUGUAGAGAGGGAUGAUCCAUCUCUGAGGCAAAAAAUUAUGGUGAGAAAGUAAGCGGUGUGGUAGGGUGGGCAGACUCAACAAAAGGGUUUGAGUAGAGGGAAUUCGUGAAUUUGUGAAUGUUAUGGAUGGGGCUAGAUCCCAUGCUGACCAGUCUUCUGAGGUAAGUGCAUGCCCUGGGAAGAAGAGAAGCUCAUGGAAAGCUCUGGACGCUUUGGGCAGGUUGAUAUCACAGCAUGAUGGGGGAUGGAUACCUACUCCACCUCACUGCCUAACCAGGAUUGGUAAAACCUGACAAGAUUUGGUUUUGCCAACUUCAUUGACCCG